AUGCUGCGGCUUCGGAAAUGUCUUAAGGGAAGAGCGUUGGAAGCGGUUAAAUGCCGCCUGCUACAUCCAUCGAACGUCGCGGGCGUUAUGUCUACGCUAAAAAUGUUGUAUGGUAGACCGGAGGCAAUCGUUCAAGCAAUCGUGAAAAAGGUUCGCGCCUUACCGUCGCCGAACCUUGACAGGUUAGAGACGGUAGUCAAUUUUGCCCUCACUGUGGAGAACCUCAUCGCAACAAUUCAAGUGUGUGAGGUGCAUGAUUUCGUUUACAAUGCUUCGCUACGGUACGAACUGGUGGAACGGCUACCCUCAGCAUUAAAGCUAGAUUGGGCUAAGCAUUCCAGAGAUAAACCCAACCCAAACUUGCUAGACUUUAGCUCAUGGCUGUACUCAACAGCAGAAGAUGCGAGCGCAGUAAUGCCGUCGGGAAGCGGUGAGUCAAGACAACGUUCCUUCAAAAAGGAUGGAUUCUUAAACAUGCACUCUGAAAUCGAGUCGAGCAGUAGCAAACCUCAUACGGCGCCAAUGCAGACAAAGCAAACAGCUUACAGCGAGUGCGAAAAGCAAUGUCCCAUAUGUAAGAAAGCUUGUGCCAGCGUCCCGAAAUGUACACGCCGAAUCGAAGUGGGUUGCCGUGCGAGAGUGCAAGCUGUGCCGAAAAUGCCUACGGAGACACAACGGGUCCUGCAGACAACAAAGGCCGUGCGGUACAAACGGAUGCACCUUCCUUCAUCAUCCUCUUCUUCACUCCGAAAACAACAAACUAAUAGUUUCCCGACAGUGAUGUCCACAAGUUCUACACCACCGACAAACCCGCAGUUAAGUUGUAACAUUCAUCAGGGUGAAUCGCAAUUCCUGUUUCGGAUACUUCCGGUCAUUCUUUAUGGACCUUCGAAAACUAUUGAAUCUUACGCGUUUAUUGACGACGGAUCCGACAUUUCGUUAAUGGAACAAGAUCUAGCACAAGAGCUAGGCGCUAUAGGGCCAAUGAAAUCGCUAUGUCUCGGCUGGACAGGAGGAGCACACCGAAUGGAAACCUCCUCAGAGUGCGUAAUCCUACAUAUCUCCAGUUGCGGUGAACAACGAAAGAAGUAUAAGUUGUCCUUAGUACACACCGUAGAAAGCCUUAGAAUUCGGCCGCAAACACUUCGGUACGCCGAUAUUCAAGCAAAGUAUCCAUACCUUGCUGGUCUACCCAUUGCAUCGUACGAGAAUGCCUAUCCUCGGAUUUUGAUAGGCGUGGACAACCUCAGUGUCGAGUACGUACAAAAGAGCCGUGAGGGACGUAUUCAGGAGCCGAUAGCCAUAAAAAUGAGAAUUGGAUGGACAAUCUAUGGAAAAUGCGCAACCGAAGAUAAAAUUGAACACUCUGUUAACUAUCAUUCCGUCAAAGUUUGCCAGUGCAAUAAAGAUCUCGAUGAAGAUCUGCACCAAAUGGUUAAAAGUUUCUUCACACUGGACAGUAUUGGUAUCAGCAAACCUGUGAAACUUCUACAGUCAAAAGAGGAUGUAAGAGCGCAGAUGCUUCUCGAAACAUUAACGAAACCUGUGAAUGGAUGGUAUGAGUCAGGACUUCUCUGGAAGUACGAAAACGAUCGGCUCCCAGAUAGCAAAGAGAUGGCUCUUAAAAGGUGGCAAUGUCUAGAAAGGCGAAUGAUGCGUGAUCCAGUGUUAGCAGAGGCAGUAAAUGCAAAGAUCUAUGAUCAUGUACAGAAGGGAUAUAUCCGUAAACUUUCGGAACAGGAACUGCAAGUGAAACGCUCUCGGGUCUGGUAUUUGCCUAUGUUUCCGGUUUUAAACCCAAACAAACCAGGAAAAACAAGACUCGUGUGGGAUGCAGCCGCAACCGCCCACGGGGUGUCGCUGAACUCCGUAUUGCUUAAAGGCCCAGAUUUACUAACCUCCUUGCUAUCGGUAUUGAUCCAGUUUCGCGAGUAUCGGAUCGCAAUUUGUGAUGACAUCCGCGAGAUGUAUCACCAAGUCCACAUUCGCGAAGAGGAUCAGCACUGCCAGAGAUUUUUUUGGAAAGAUGGGACUAGCACGAACCCGAGUACAUACGUCGUACAGGUAAUGACAUUUGGAGCCUGCUGCUCACCAAGUACCGCUCAGUACGUAGAAAAUACUCAUGCGGCAAAAUAUGAACAAGAAUAUCCUGCUGCCGUCGAAGCAAUCGUAAAGAGACAUUAUGUCGACGACAUGCUUCUAAGUGUAGAAUUAGAAUUACAAGCGAUUCAACUGUCGACAGAGGUUAAAAAGAUACACGCGUCGGCCGGAUUUGAAAUCCGCAAUUGGACAACGAACUCACCAGCAGUCCUGAAAGCGAUGCACGAGCCAACAAUAGAGGAGAAAAACCUAAGCGGUGAAAAUUCAUUCGAAAAGAUUCUCGGGCUAUGGUAG